GUCUCCACCAUCCAGUCUGGCUACGACAUCCCCCAGCUCUCUCAGUAUCUGGACUUCAUCCACGUCAUGACCUAUGACUUCCAUGGCUCGUGGGAGGCCUACACUGGAGAGAACAGCCCCCUGUACAAAAACCCCAGUGACACCGGUGGCAAUCCCUACCUCAAUGUGGAUUAUGCUAUGAACUAUUGGAAAAACAAUGGCGCCCAAACUGAGAAGCUCAUCGUUGGAUUCCCAACUUACGGACACACCUUCACCUUGAGCAAUCCUUCUCAACACGGCAUUGGUGCUCCUGCCUCUGGCCCUGGUGCUGCUGGGACCUACACCAGGGAGGCUGGCUUCUUGGCUUACUAUGAGAUCUGCCUCUUCCUGAAGGAUGGUGCUACUCAGGUGUGGGAUGAUUAUGGGAAAGUUCCCUAUGCUUACAAAGGCAAUGUGUGGGUUGGUUAUGACAACCCCAAUAGCUUCCAAAUUAAGGCUGACUGGCUGAAGAAAAAUAACUUUGGAGGUGCCAUGGUCUGGGCCAUUGAUCUGGAUGACUUCACUGGGACUUUCUGUGACCAGGGAAGAUACCCCCUGAUCAAUACCUUGAAGAAAGCCCUGGGUCUGGAAAGUGCAAGCUGUCCCUCCUCAACUCAACCAAUUACUCCAACCACAUCAGCUCCUGGUGGCUCAGGUGGGGGCAGCUCUGGGGGCAGCUCUGGGGACAGGGGAUUCUGUGCUGGCAAAGCCGAUGGUCUCUACCCUGUGGCCGGUAACAGUAACGCUUACUGGAACUGUGCGAAUGGCAUAACCUACCAGCAGUACUGCUCAGCUGGACUAGUCUUUGACACCAGCUGUCAGUGCUGCAACUGGGCAUAAACUUGACCUUCCUUUCCUUUUCCCAUUCUCCUGGCUUAAUAGCCUUUGCUUAUAAUGUACUAAUAACUCUACAAUAAAAACUGCAAUGAAAACCCAAA